AUACAUUUCAUUCCUUUUAUGUACUGUAACUAAAAGAAUUCCAUUAUUUGUUUGUUUUAUUUCUUCUAGCCAAUCAUUCCUUUGUUUACACAAAAUAUUAGAGAAGGAUAUAUGACAUAUGUAGAUACAAGACCAAUGAGAUGGUUAUAUGAGCGAAACCGAUGGUUAAUCUUUCCGGUAUGUGGAAUGUUUCCAGUUAAACUUAUAACCCAUAUUGGAAAACCAAUUCCAUAUGAUCCGGAUAUAACUCCUGAAAAAUUAGCUGAAAAGGCUCAAAGGGCAAUAGAAGAUUUACGGGACAAACACCAGAAAAUCCCAGGAAGCAUAUUGCAUGCUCUUAGGCAACGUUUUGAAGCACAUAACAAAGAUAAAUAGUAAUAUAACAUCAACAAUCUCUUUGGAUAAUACAUGUGCAUAUGUAGCUAA